AUGAAUCGUUCAAUUAUUCCUCUCCUUUGUUCCUUCCUCUUCCUCUCCGCCUCCUCGGCCUCCGCCUUUAAUGUCACGAAAAUCCUUAGCCAAUAUCCCGAUUACACCAAUUUCAAUGACUUGAUAUCAAAAACUGGCUUAGCUAGUGAAAUUAACGCGAAGUCAACAAUCACACUCUUAGCUAUCCCUAAUGGUGCAAUUGGUGAUCUUACCUCGAAACCAAACGAUGUUGUCAAGAAGAUCUUGACAACACACGUCGUUUUGGACUACUACGACACGAUGAAACUUCAAAAAUUGAAGGACAAGACUAGUAAAUUAACAACCAUGUUUCAAGAAUCUGGUAAAGCAUCAAAUGAUCAAGGAUUCUUGAAUGUUACUGCUAAAGACAACACGUUCGUGUUUGGAUCAGCUGUUAAGGACGCUCAACGCGAUUCAAGACUAGAGAAAUCCGUCAUGAAUCAGCCUUACAACAUCUCAAUUCUUGGUAUUUCUCAACCCAUUGUCACACCUGGUAUUGAUUCACCACUUUCACCAUCAUCAGCACCAUCACCAAAGGCGAAUACGCCUAAAAGUUCUCCACCAAAAGCAGAGUCCCCUGCUGAAGAGGAAGCAGAGGCCCCUACUAAGGAUGCCGAUUCGCCGUCCGCUGAUUCACCAGCAGCUGAUGCUCAAGCACCAUCAUCAUCAUCUGCUGACAAAUUGAAGAUUUCUUUUGGUUUCUUUGUUGUUUUAGCAUCAAUGGUUGCACUCUAUUGA